UCGGGCGGUUCACAGGCGUUAAGGUGAUUCACGUGUACCAGUGGUGUUUUUUUUCUCUCGCUUACAUCGUAUCGUCACGAAAUAACACAUGCACGCGGUCCGUUUUGCCGUAGAGUAAUGUACAUGUGGACAAUGAAAACGUGCUGUUUUGUACUGCGAAAAAGCAGAAACACUAAUAACAGAGAAACAGAAUGAGCAGAAAACAGUAAACAAGCAGAUUCGUUAUCCAGUUUCGUGUGGUUAUAGGUGUGCGCCGCGGUUACUCGGUUGGGCUAAAGGGCACACGGCCAGCCUCUCUAUUAUGCGCCAGUGAAAGCGCAUUGCACACGAAAAAUUACAUGGUUGACUAGCCAGCCCUUUUCCAGUGGGUGGAGAAGAAGGGUGUUCUGGGCCAGUUAGAAGGAUUCCGGUGCACAAGAGCGUCGAGGUAUGAAAUUACGUGCUACGGAGUUAUUACGAACCAGUGGUGAAAAGUAAUCGUGCAACACGCAACAAACGUGGCUGCGAAUGUGCAUUUCGGCUUAUUGAGAGCGUGCGUUUAAGUGUGGUUGUUUGUGUGCGUGUGUGUGCAACGAAGAGGAAAAAGUGGGAAGAAGUAAUCAACGAAAAUAAUCUCCAAUCAAAUGAAGCGCGAAGAAAGUGAGUGGUGUUUAUAGUGCUGUUUGGAAAUAAAAAUAAUCAAAAUAGAGAGCAAAUCCAUCGCUGAUGAGCGUUCCUCGUUCCCCGAGUCGAUUGUGAAAGAGUGUGCAAAGAAGCAGAGGCAAAAGCAGAAAAGCCAAUUGAAGCGAAGUUAAUUAAAUGUACGUGAAAGGCAAAUAAACAACACACUCGAAGAAGCGAGAAGACGAGACGAGGAGGAGCAAUUGGAAUACACAAAUAAAUACACAACCGUGUGCGCCUGUGUAAACAGCGCUCAACACAUUGGCUCUAACCAAGUGAAUAGUGCGUGAAAGAGUGCGGACUGUGAGACAUCGAUUUAUACUAGCGGCUACUAAUUCCAGCGCAGAGGCCGGGGCAUCAAUUGAAAGCAGUUCAAUAGGUAGGCGAAAAGUCCAAUGGCACCGAAAAAGUAAAGUAGGUGUACUUUUCCACGUCGGAAUUUCAGCCAAACAAACGCCAGAAAGAAAGCCGAUUAGCGCAGAACUUUCACAGUCAAUUAGAUAGAGUACGCAACAGCAGGGGAAUCGUUCGUGAACCGCAAUCCUGAGGCGAAGGCGCGCAGCCCGAUGGUUUCACGUGGCUAUUGAUGGUCCCCAUCACAGGCGGCAGCGUUAUCGUAAUCUUGUAGCUUAUUGAUUAGAGCGCCCGACAACGAUAACAACGCACACACGACGCAGCACGCAGCAGCCCUGGACCGUGUGAAUGCUGGCCAGUCGCCAGUGCAGUAGCUAGCACCGUCGGAACAAGAUUCAUAAUUUUCGCAUUUCGUCAGCAUCCUGGAGCGCUUCCGGAGCUAUCAUCGGCGACGAUGGACUCCCAGCGACAACAGCAACGACAUCAACGGAAACGGAAGCGGUGGCACUCGACAACAGUAGGAGGGAGUCUGUCACUGUGGUGGAUGCUGCUUGCCGGUGGUUUGCUGUGCUUGCUGCUGACAGCAGGAGGCGGAUAUGCAGAUUCCGAUUUCACCCAGCAGUGUAAUAAGUGCAAAUGUGGCUGGAAAAGCGGCAAAAAGAGCGCGGAUUGCGCCAACCUGAACCUGGAGCUAGUGCCGAACGAUAUGAGCUCGGAGCUGCAGGUGCUAGAUCUGUCCCACAACUAUAUCGGAGAGAUUAGAGCGCGGGAACUAAUGCAGGCUCGCCUGCAGAACUUACACAAACUGUACAUCAAAAACAGUACGGUCGAAAGUCUGCAUCGCGAUGCCUUCCGAAAUCUGACCAUUCUAAUCGAGUUGGACCUCUCGAUGAACAAACUGAAACGGCUUGAUCCGGGCCUAUUUGACGACCUGAAAAAGAUCCGAGCUAUAACGUUGAGCAACAAUCAAAUCGAACGAAUAGAGAACAAUUUGUUCCAAAACUUGAAAUUUCUCACGAAAGUUGAACUACAAAGCAACCUGAUCUAUCGGAUAGCACAGCAUAGUUUCAACAACGUUCCGGCCCUGUCGCAGAUCGAGUUGGACUUCAACCGACUGCAGAUUCUGCGUAAAGAAACAUUCCUUAAUCUGGAGAAACUGACCAGUUUAUCGUUGACGAACAACCCGUGGAAUUGCAGUUGCACACUGCGUAACUUUAGCGAAUUUGUGAUAAGCCGCAGCCUGUAUCGGUCGCCAACGACUUGCGCUCAGCCCCCGCAUCUGGCCGGUAAGGAGUGGAAUAAUAUCCACCUGGACGAGUUCGCCUGUCGUCCCCAGAUCAUCGAGAACCGCGUCAUUUAUCCGAGUGAGGGAGAAAACGCCACCUUCACCUGCAAAGUGACCGGUCUUCCGCUGCCGAAGGUGGACUGGCUGUUUCACAAGCGACCGUUUCCCAAGAAUGACAAACGUCUCAGCGUCACCUAUGCGGUACGAACUUCCGGGCGGGAUAAUAGCGAAAUCUUGGUUUCCGAGCUAACGAUUGUUGGGUUGAAAUCGUCGGACCGCGGGUCCUAUGUGUGUAAAGCCACCAACAAUGGGGGAACGGAUGAAAGUGAGCAGUUCUUUGAUUUGAAAAAGGAACCGGCCAAGCUUACACCGAAUCGAGCGAACGAUAUUUUGUGGAUUGUCCUUUUCGUGGUGCUAGCGAUACUUGUCAUUCUGAUACUGACCAUCAUCGUGCUGUGCUGCGUUUGCCGGAAGGCGCGGAAGUUUAAGAAAAAUUCUUCCCUCAGCGAAAAUGGUUUGGUUAAUUCGAAGAUGGAUAAAUCCACGGAUGGAUCCGUGCUGGAUGGGGGAUCGGUAAUUAUGGAGAUGCAGAAGAGCCUCCUGACGGAGGUUAAUCCAGUGGAGAAACCCCCACGCCGGGCGGACAUCGAAGCGAACGAUAAAGUGGACUACGACGAGGGUCACGAGGUGAAGAAGACACUGCUCGAGGAGACUGGUUUUGCUGCUCAGGAUGAGGAAACGGUUUCGGUGGCUUUGUCGGACACCACACCGCGAUCGCGAGCGGCUUACGUUGACGAUGGCAGCGGUGGUUAUGGGACGGCUAAUCUACCACCGGAUUUGCUAGCCUUCCCCAGUACCCGCUUCCCGCAGUCACCAUCGAUUCAGAGCUCGAUGUCGAACAUUCACGACGGUCGAAUCUACGGCAAAUCGCCUCUCUCGAGUCCGAUCUACCAACACAGCCCCGCGAUGGCAGGCGGCCAGGUUCCGGUGGGCUUCCGUACCCUGCAGCAUCCGAAAACAGGCCGAACGAUAGCGAUUGCCGCACAGCGUUCGAACUCGCCCUUCACACCGGCGCCCCUAAUCUAUCCGCAAGUGGUGAUGAAACAGGGCUACGUAACCAUUCCCCGCAAACCUCGCACACCCAGUUGGACACCGUCGAUCAAUUCGACGGCGACAACGGCAGAGCUGCUACCACCGACAAGUCCCACUUCGAUCGGUGAACUUCCGGCCGCAACCGAGCCGGUUUACGACAAUCUGGGUCUCCGAACGACGGCAUCCGGUAAUUCGACGCUCAAGCUAAACAAAAGCUCGCGCCAAGGGGUAAGCGCCAGCAACAAUACGUAUAGCAUGAAGAAUCGACCACUUCCAGCGACCCCCGGUGGUCAAACGGCUUCCCAAUCGGCAACGUCAUCGGUGCACAAUAGUUCAUCCGGUAGCAACUACGAAUCGAUUCCGGAGCUAGGAGGAGAAGGACAAUCACCACCGGUGAAGCCACCAAUGCCGGUCGGGCUCGAGUCGAUCUACGGCAGAACCCCUACGGGCCUCAACGGUGCUGCCAGUAGUAGUGGCGCCAGCAGUACCAGUAGAAGUAAAGUGCCACCGCGACCACCACCGAAGCCUAAGAAGAAGCCACCGAGCAUAGCAGCGAGCGGAACAGCGGUCAUGAUGCCGAACACUUCCACAGCCAGUGGCAGCGGCCUGGUAAGCACGAGCAGCACCAGUCCGCUGUUCGCCGAAGAGGGCGAAGAUGGUACUGAGGUUUAGGUCGAAGAGCAAAAACCGGCAUUCGCGUGAGUAGUUUACAAAAACAAAACAAAACAAAACGUUAGUAUAUACAUACAUACUGAAUUCGAUACAGUAUAUUCGAUGAAAAAUAGGUAAUAAUUAUUUUUUGUACUCUAUUUGAACGUAAACAUUGAAGUUUAAAAGUGAGAAAAACUAUAUAGCGCGCAAGAAAAAGGCACCACACUUGCUGGUGGUGAUGAUGAUGAUGAUAAAAUUUGAUGUAUAGAAGCGAUAAGGAAAUCUUUAUGAACUCGAUGAAAUAGCAUUACUAUUACCUAUUACUAUAUAUAUAUUACGCCUAGGUAUUAUUGUUUCUUUUAUAAGAAAAUGACAAGAAAAUUUAACAUAAAAAAGUGACAGACGAUGGCAGGCAGGCGGAGGAGAAUCAAAAAAGUUUAAAUCUAGACUAAUGUUGAUAAAACUGUAAGCUACUAAAGUUUGGAUAAUUGCCAGCGCAAUUGUGGUGAAGUGAUAAGGACAUAAUAGCUAUUUAUUAAUGACAAGUGUGUAAGCGAUACUGAUGAUGAUAGUGAGCCACAAGCUGGAGGACGGAUGUUCAGUUUUCGGGUACGCCAAAUUAUACGACAAAGAGCGGAAACUUUCUUAAUUUCAUUUUGCUCGUGCUUGUCUCGAGCUAUUAAAAGGAUCACACUCUAGCUUAAACUCUUCUACAAACAGAUAACCAGGGUAUGAUUUUUUUUGUUUGUUUUCCUUUUUGCUCUAUAAAGUUCAACACGGUACAAAAAUAAUCCGCUCGGAAUUAAUUAGGCAAAGAUUUCAAUUGGAAUUGUCGGCGGAAAAGUGCGGCCAUUUCGGUUGGUGGUGGUUAGCAAUGGCCUAUCGUUUUAAACUGUUAAGACGCUUAGUAGCGCAGGAUGGGGGGUGAAUAUGUUAAAAAAAUUUGCUUCUGGUCGGCUGGCAGCGUGCUUUCACGGGUUGGCGCAUUUCGACCGUAAUUAUAGGCUUUUCCCUUUUCGCGCAGUGGAGUAACUCGCGAUGUUUGUGGCGUGUUUACAGUGCCAGUCGUUACGUAUUGAGGUAAUUUUAAAUCACUAUUAGAUUAACCUUUCGGAGGUAAAAAUUUCGAUGUUUGCUGCUGAAGUGUAAAUUUGAUAGGAGAACAUUUUUUCAAGUAGUUGGUAUCAAAAUCCGGAUUCAAUUUCGAUUCGAUAACCAUAACAUAAAAACUGAUGAUGGUUAUAAGUUAUAACAGAAAUAUGGCCUUAAUCAGGCGGUAUUCGAUUUUUCAUAGAAGUAUGAAAUGGAAAUAUUGCCUAUUUUCAAUUUUUAAUUCCAUUCUACUAAAACACUCAAUAGCAUUUUUUUUGCAUUACAAUACGAGGGAUUGAUAUUUAUGUUUGCAGUCUAAUGAAUUUCGUUGAUUUCUAUCUGCUCCAACGUUUCGGUUCUUUUAUGGGACCAUCAGAUGGGCCUACAAUAUAUUUGACAUUUUACGUACAAUUACAUUGAGACAAAAUUACACUACACGACCCUAUAAUUUGCAAUAUAAUUUCAUAAUACGAAAGGUGUCAUGCACCAUAAAAAGUUGGCCAUAUAAAGUUCACGAAGCAAAGGAGAAAGUGGACUUUCAACGAAUGUUCGUUUCGUUUGUGUAAAAAAGUACUAUAAUGAUUUUCUCCCAUGGAGAGUCGAUUUAAUUUCAACUAAGGACCUUUUUGCUCUGCCGAGUAUUGUCACUGUUCUGUGAAACAAGCCCAUCUUUUAGAAGAUUUAUUCAGAAGUCCACGAAAAUUUUUGUAAUACACUCAAAGUCCCAAGUUUGAAUUUCAGGCUUCACUCAAGUUUAAAACUCGCAGCUGUUAUUGUUGUAACGCAGAUCCUUUCUAAUGCUAAAAAAAUUCCUUUUACUAACAUAAGCAGAAUACACUUUCCGCUUGACCUGUCUUUGAGUGCUUGAGAAAAACACAACCAACCAGGCAUCAAUGCAAGCAAAGGCAAGUUCCCGUCAGCUGCAGAAUUAGUUCUCAAAUCCAUUAAGCAAUCAAAUAGUAAAAAAAAAAACUUGACGCACCUUCCAGAGUACCGAGCUGUGCGUUUCCUGUGCACACUGUUAUCACGAUCCUUCAGCUUGAGCGGAGAAAGUGUGCUGAUUCCGGGACAGAAACUUACAGCGAGCCAGCCGAGUCAAUGUCAUCAAGAGCGAGCGAGAAAUAACUAGAUACAAAGUAAUUAACGCGAACGACGAGAAGCAAAGAAAUAACAUGAGUGCCAAUCGACUGAGAAAAAAAAAACAAAUUUAAAGUUUAAUGAGAAGGAACCGAACUAAAAUUUAACGGCCCAUCAAGUCGGAUGAAAAACACAAACAAAUUAUAAACGAAGGGGGCAGAGGAGGGUUAGGAUUCAAGCAUUGUAUAUAGUAUGCAUAUAAUUAAAAUUAUUACUAUGAUAAUGAAACUGAGCCUGGCGAAGCCGAGAGGAUUGAAGUUUUAAGGACACGUUGGCUAGGUGAAUCUUUUUUAUAUACACAACUUGUGCAAAAAUUUAAAAAAAAACUGAACUCAUUUCGCAGCGAACGAACGGCGGUUGAAAUUUCUGUUUUAGCAUUUCGGAAGGCCAAACUGCUGGCCCCACGACUACUGCCUCUCUAGCGUGCUUAAUAGACGGUUAAGCGCAGAACCAACCGAGGCGGAAACAAAACUAGCUGAAAUGGAAAGAAAACAAAUACAAAUACAAAACAAACGAGAGCAACGAUUAGUAGAAUUAUUUCAUUGUUUGUGCAACUCGGUUUUCCACUUGCAUGCCUUAUUUAGUUUAAGUAUUUGAAUUGCAUCCGUAAACGCUAAGUUACACGUAUGAGAAGGUGAGAGGCACUGUUUACCGCCGGACCUAAUUUCAUUACACAAACAUACAGAGGAAAUAAGUUCAGAGUUACACGUACAAGCAGUCGAAAUUCUGUCUGUGAACAGAAGUUAGGGCGACGAUAGGAAGGGAGGAAGCGGGAAAGGUCGAGUCGGAGGUUCUGUUCGGCAGGCGGCCUUCGUGUUAAGAUCAAGUGUACUUGUAGUCUUAUAAGCCGGAUUAUCGGAGAUUUAUGAAAUCGACAAAUAUAUGCGUUAAUAUAUAUAUGUUUUCCUUUUAGUUAUAAGAUUACUCUUCUCACGAAUGUAUAGCGUGACAGUUUACAAUAUUGAAGCCAGAAAACGAAAACAAAAGAACAUACAUAAUGGCAGCAAAUCACAGCCAGACACACACACACAUACACACAAAGAGAGAUACACGCAACAACAAAAAAGAAAAAAAACCUUGGAGGCGAAAAAUCGAACAUUUAAAGUUCGCUGUAAAGAUGAAAUCGGUGACAGAAGUAAUAAAAAUCAAUUGAAAAAUA